AUGUAAAGAGCUUAAUCAGCAGCACCUAAUUAUGGUAUGAUAGAUAAUGAAAUAUAGACUUUCCUAUGGAGGAUAUGUUUAAAAUAGCCACAAGAUAAACAUCAGUUUUUGGAAUAGAGGGAUAUGAAGCUCCAAAGAAGUACGUUGAUCCAAUUCGGUAGAUGGAAGAUAGAAAAUUUUUAACUUAAAAGAAAGGUAAUAUAUAUUAAUGAUCAAAAAAAGGUUAAAAGAAUCGAAAUCAUGUUACAAAAAGAGGACAUUAUUUAGAAGAUUUGAAAAAGUUAUAUGAAAAGUUACCUGCACCAAACAAAUAUGAUAUUGUUAAACCAUGGGUUUCAGAAAAAUAGGAAGGUAGAGUAAAAAGUGCUCCAUAGAAGAGGUAUAUAACUAUAGAGUAUAUUCAAAAUAGAUGCACAUUUAUUGAUUAAAUAUUCAAAGAAGCAAAAGUUAGAGGAAUUCCUGGAGCUGGAAAAUAUAAUGUGAUACCAACACUUGAAGAGGUUUUGAAAAAAGUUCAAGAAGAAAAGAAAAAGAAAAUAGGGUAAUAUAAAUUCUGAAAUUAAUAAAUAGACCUGUUGAAAGACCAACUUAUUUAAAUGAAAUUUAACAUUUAGCAGUGAUUAAUCCUGGUCCUGGAAAUUAUAAUCCUCAUGUAAGAUUAAAUUUAACAUUAACGUAGAGAAUUGAAAGAAAACUAAAAUUAAAUGAAACUAAGCCAUCUGAUUAAAUAGCAAAACAUAAAGAAUAAGAAAGAAAGAGAGGUAAAUCAUGUUUACCAGAUAUUGGAACAUAUAAUCCUGAACCAGUUGAAUUUACUUCAUUUAACAAGUUAUAAUUACUCUCAAAAAAAAAAGAUAAGUCUGAUAAACAUGUAAAAAAAUUAAAUAUAAAUCUAUAGAAUUUUGGAAGAGAAGAUAGAUUUAAAGAUCCAAAAAAGAAUAAAUCAAAAUAAGUUCCUGUUCCAGGUCCAGGAUAAUAUCCAAUGAUUGUUUAAUGGGCUGGAAAAGAAAAAGAUAAAAAUAAUCCAAAGUAAAAAAAUUAUUUGGAUGUCACUACACGAGGCAUUUCUCGUUCAAUAUAUUAUUGA